CCAUCCUCGCUCUCCUAGCUUUGUUGGAGCGUGGUUCCUAGAAUUCGAUCUGCCGCUAAACUGAUCGCAUUGCCCAUUUUUCACGGUUUCGCGGAUUCACGCCGUUCCAUUUGCACCAAGUGCGAGUUGUUCUAGCUCGUCCUGGCGAAUCCGCUUUGCAAAGACGGCUCUACUCCCUACCGUCACGGUAGUAGUGACUACUAGCGCCACCCGCUCCCCGGGAGUCCUGCCGAAGUAGUUUGAGUCAAACUCUCGCGAUGGGCGCGCAGAAUGUGGCCGUUCAGAGUCCGGUAGUAGUGCCAUCACAAUCUCACCUCCCCCAGGAGGCGCCUGCUUUGGACUGGCCGGUUGCCACUCUCCCCCGUCUGCGCACCCGCGGCUGCGCGCGAACUCAAUCCCCCGGCGGAACCCGCCCGCAAGCCCGCGAGCGGAUCUUGAGUACCAGCGACGCGCUCGGGCUAAGCCCUAGGACUCUCGGCAGCGGAAGGCGGAGAUCCUACUCCCCCGCUUCCCCCCAAUCCGCGGAAGGAUGGGCGGAAACCCUCGCUGGAAGGAGGAGGAAGGAGCUGUACCCCUUGAAUUUCCCCUCCAGACGCUCCGCCUCCGCCCUUAUUUCCCCGUCCGCCGGCGGAAGUCCGCCACCGAGUUGGCGCCCCGCCGCGCUAACGACGGUGCGCAGCCCGCUCGCGCCAGUGGUCCGCCACAAGGCGACCGCGUCGGUCGACAUGGAGCAGCUCUGGGCGGCGGAGGUCAGCUUCGACGAAAGCGGCGGCGGCGGAGAAGCGCCGUCCCCAGGCCGGCGGAGAAACCGCGGCAUCAUCCGCGGCGGGCACGCGCGGAACCUUUCCUUCUCCGACUUCCGCUCGUUCCGCACCAGCGCGCUGGGAAAAGGCGAAGCUACCGGCGCGGACCCCGGCGCGGAUUCCGCGGAGCAGCAGGCGGAGAGCCCGUCAGCUUCCCGACGCCGCGGCGGCGCAGCGGCGCCCUUCUUGCGCAUCCUUUCCAGCCGCGGGGGCCGGGAUUCGACCUUCGCCGCAUCUGCCGCCGCUGCGGUUGCUUCCGUCGCCGCUCCAGCCGCCGUUUUCGCAAGUUGCACGUCUCCCCGGGGGACAGCCGGCGGCGAUGACGUGGCGCGAUCCGACGGCUUUGAUAGCCUCCCUCCGCGCCGUACGAUGCGCGACAGCCUUCUCCGCGGGACGGCGGGGCUCGCCGUCUGCGGCGGCGGCGCGGCGGUUCCAGUGAAGUCUCCUCCAUGGUGGCGGGGGCGCGGAUCGGCGGGACGUGCGGGGAUGCUUUCGGAAUCGGCGGGGAGAAGCUUCAGUGGAGGCGAGCCUGCGACGGCUGUUCCUUUCGCAGCGCGGGAGGCGGACAAGCGGGAGUCGCAACAGCUGUCGCCACAGUCGCAGCCGCCGUCGCAGCAGUCGCUCGGGCGAAGUCGCAGCUGGGGGCAGCAAGCCGGAGAGGAGAUCCUGCUGCGUCUACGCGCUGCCCACGCCCUCGGCGGCGAAUCGAAUGCCGCGAAUGGCGGUAACUUUGACGAGACGGAUGGCGAAGGCUCGGCGCGCCACGGAGGCGCUCCGACGACGGCAACGGCAGAGUCGCGGCAUCACGAGGCGAUGAUGGAAGUGGAAUUGGAGGAGUAUUUCGGCGAAGUUGCGCAGUCGUGGCGAAUAGACAGCCUAGACUGCAGCGUGGACGCUCAACUAGAAGCGACCUUUGAGUCCACCCAAAAGACACCUCGUAUGGGCGGUUUGGUAGCAACAGCGGAAGCAGUGGCAGCUUCUCUAGUCUCAAGGCCGUCUGGGGAGGCGGAAAGGGGAGGAGCGGGGGGCGAGAGGCAAGCGGAGGGAGUGGAGGGGGAGGGACGAGCGGAGGCGUCAUGGCGCAUGUGCAGUUUGAGUAGCGGCAUGGGGGGCGGGAUUUCCUAGCAGGCGGGAGCUAGGAGGUGGCCUACACCGUGUGCGGCUGAUGGUGCUCACAGUGUGCCGUCACAUGCUGCUGCUGAUGAUUGUGCCUGCCUGCCUAGGGCCAACGCUGUCAGUGCUGCUGGCGGUGCUCUGCUGCCCUAGACAGCUGUUGUUCCAACAGCCACAUUAUUCUAUCGAGAAGAAGAGAAAGAGGUGGGGGUGGGGGGAAAGUGGGGAGAAGCAGGAGAGAAGGGGGAAAAUAGCUGCGAAGCAGGCACCACACUUCGCGAAUCAGCUGGUGUUACCACCGAACCGAUGCCUCUGACCUUAUGCAGCAGACAACCUCGCUUCUUCCUCCACCCCCCUUUCUUCCCCCCCAAGACUCACAAGCUCCUCUCUUCCUUUGCUGGUUCCUUCUCUCGCUCUGGCUUCGGGCACCUCGAAGCGUACGCCGCGCUGGCCCCGUCACUCCACGCUGGCCCCGUCACGCAGCGCUGGCCCCGUCACGCCGCGCCGGCCCCGUCACUCCGCGCUGGCCCCGUCACUCCGCGCUGGCCCCGUCACGCCGCACUGGCCCCGUCACGCCGUGCUGGCCCUGACACGCCGCGCCGGCCCCGUCACUCCGUGCCACGGUGCCGCCGCGCCCCCGCGCCGCCGUGCAGCUGGGUCGUCGUGCCGCCGCGCCGUCGUGCUGCCGUCGCAGCGUCGACGUCCCGCCGCGGCAUCGACGCCGCUCUGUGACGGCGCCGUCGGGCUGCAGCCGGCCGCGCGACGCCUGUGGCGCCACUAGACCGGCCGCCCGCGCGCCAGCCACACCCCCCCUCAUUCCCCUGCGUCCCCUUAUCCUCACCACAGCCGACGUCUGGCGCAUGGGGGACCCCAUCGCCGCUGAGAUUGGCCAUGCCGCCGAGAGGGCGGGGACCGCUGCAGUCGCCUCUGGCGUUGAAGCCGCCGCCGCCACCACUGUUGCCGCAGGCCGUUGCCGUCACACGCCGCCGCCACCGCCGCUCUCGUCACUGCCGUGGCUGCCGCCAUUGCCAUCUCACGGGCCGUGGGGGCUGGCCCCACCGGAGUAGACGUGGCUGAUGCUUGGAAUGGGGGUGCUAGGUUAGGGGGUGCGGGUGUGUGUGGGCUUGUGACUACCAAGCCUAGGGGGUGUGUUAAAUUAUAUAUUGUGUUAUAUAAUUGGUAGGUUUGGUAGGUUAUCAAACUCUACUGUAGAGGGUACAAUCCCCUCCUUGUAUGCCUCUCUCUUCUAGUUC